AUCUUUGUGUGAUGUCAUAUUCCUGCGACGAUUUGGGUUCUGUGGACAUUUAAGAUUUUAAGAGGUUGGCUUUGCAUCUAUGUACUUAUAUCAUUGUAGUAUUUAAAAACGUUCUAGUCAUUUAUCACAGUACGACGAUGUGAGUGCGGAUUAUUAUUUUUUUCCUUUUCAUUCUCGUAAUGCGGGCACGUCGCAUAUAUGACUUUUACACGAACAGCAGUAUUUGCUUGAGAAGAGCUAGUGGCGGCUAACGUAAUUUAUGCGGAAUGCGCAUCCAUUGCGGUUGUGGUGCAGAAUAUAUGCGCACUGCUGCGACACAGAACCCAUUAUUAAGGCUAUUUUUGUUAGACAUCACAAUGAAGCAAUGAACGCCUUGCCAUGGAACAGCAUGGUGGCUGUUCACCCUCCUUGUGAAUGGCACGCUGUUCACCAGUCACAUUGGGGUGUCUGUAGACCACAACACAUCCAUGACUGAAUACUACGAGGAGGGGGGGUUGCUGUAUGAGCACUCACCUCCCAUGCACAUCAAAGUGGAGUCUCCAGAGGGGCCCUUUGGAGGCGGGGUUUCAGAGGACGGUUUCCCCAGGGAAGAUGAAGACUCAGAGGGCAGUUGUGACUACGAGAAUGGUGGGUUGCCAAGCAGCCUGCCUUUUAACGUUGUGGUUGUGCAUCCCAACAUAGUCGCACCUGGAAUGUCUUCAGAUGAUCUCAUCCCAAUAGAACAGAACAGGGGUGUGUCUUCAGCAUUAGCCGCAGGAGGUAUAGGAAAAAGGAAGAGCCGCUUUAGCGGGGCAGAGCUGGAGGUGUUGGUAUCAGAGGUGACCCGUUGUGAGGGAGAGCUGUUCGGUCCAGCAGGGAGGCUCCGGCGCCGAGAAAGAGAGCGCAUUUGGGCCGGGAUACUUGAGCGCGUCAAUGCUGUGUCUAGAGUACCUCGGACUCUAAGAGAAGUGAAAAAACGCUGGGAUGACCUGAAAAGACGCAACGGUGGUAGACUGGCCGACGCAAGGCACCGCACCUGCUAUCUGCCAUCAAGCAGAGGGGCUGCGAUUUUGGGAAGACAGACCCAAGUUAGUCCCAGGCUCCAGCAAUCUCGUCAAAAGCAGAGCACCAGAGGAAAAGCCAGUUUCACGUGUUUGUCAGACACUGAUCCAGUUGCAGUUGGAGAUAGCUCUGAAAGAGAUGGCUUCGAAAAAGAGGAUGAAGCUGGUGAGCAAGAGGGUGAAGAUGGAGAUGAUUGUGAGGGUGUGGAGAACAGCAUGGAGGAUAAACUGGGUUUGGGCUUGGGUCUGGGAAUAGUACCACCUCCAACAUCAGAACGCUGGCUACCUCCUUCACCACUAUACAGUGCCCCGUUCCUCAACGGGACUCCUCAGCCAAGCCCAGAACCAUCUUUAGGAACCCACCAGGGUCCACUGGAGCCUCCUCCACCACGCACUUCCUGGCUGGAAGAUGAACUUCGUGGACUGGGAGAAGCAGCCAUGCAGCUUGGAAAUCGCAUGGAGCAAAACCUGCGUGAGUUUGGAGAAGGUUUUAGACGUGAUAUGCGGACGCUUGUGGCUUCACAAGAGGCCCUUACAAAUAGCCUGCAGCAGAAUAAUGUACUUUUGCAACGUCUGUUGGGUCUACUUGAGAUGCAGCAUCAGCCGCCUCAGCAACAAAUUCCACAACCGCAACAAUUACAGCAACCUGCACAGCAUCAACAGCAACAGGAACCUCCACAACAGCAGCCUUAUGAACAACUGUUAUUGCCACAGGAGGAGCAGCCACAGCUAGAGCAGCAAAUCCCAGCAACUGUUCCACCUCUACCACCACCUCCAGAUAUUUUAGAUGGUACUCGGCUCACUGAACCACCGAAUGACAUGAAUGGAGUUACUCAACAGCCACGCCGUGGCAGAACAGUAGAUCUCAGACGAAGACGCAGACGUUAAUGUUGCCGUGAGAUGUGGACAAUUGAAAUUUAUUCAGUUACAGUAAAUGUAUUUAUUGAAGCAAUCUUUUUUAAGGUUAACUAGUCGCGUAUUGUGCAAUGUCAUAUUGCAGCCACACCUUGUUAUGCCUGUCGCAGAUAUAUAAUAAAUUGUAUAAUAUGUACACCAAAAAGCUCAAAUCUAUAUCUAAAAUGACUUCUGCACUCUUGUCGCGGUUAGUAAAUUACUGACAUUUUAUGGAUCUGCUUGCUUAAGUUUCUAUAUGAUUAUUGCAAGUUUAGAAAAAUAAAUCCUCUAGGCAGGCUUAAAAACUCUUCAGUAUUCUUACUGUGGCAAGAAAACAUCAUUCAUUUUUAUUUUUUAAUUGAGGCACUGAAUAUCAGAGCAAAAUGACAUUUUACUUUUGCUACUAUCACGGUUUCAGAAAGUACAUCCAAAUGCUGUGUAAGGGACAUUAUACUGCAUAGAGUCACUCCAGUUCCAUGGAAAUAAAUGCAGUUUUCUGAAUUGCUGACUUAUGUAGAGAUCUAAGAUCGCCCGGACACUCUGCAUGCAAUUCAAUAUACUAUUUUGCUAACUUUUCACCAUGUUAACAAAAAUCACUUGUACUUGGAAAAAAUGUCUGCAAGUUUUAAUAAAAGCAAUCAAU